AUGGAAAGCAGGGACUGUAAGAUUUUGCAUAGAGAAUCUACCAUGAACGAUCGUAUUAGCAGUUUACCAGAGGAACUCCUCUGCCAAAUACUCUCUUUUCUCCCAACAAAGAAUGUCGUUGCAACAAGCGUGCUCUCCAAGAAGUGGAAGCUACAAUGGCGUUCAGUCCCCACUCUCGACUUCGACGAGCUUCGUGAACUCAACUAUAUCGGAAGCAAAGAAGACCUUGAUCACUUUUUUCGGUGUAUCUAUGCAUUCAUCCACUCCAGAGAUCAUUACAAACCUAUCCUAAAAUUCCGCCUCAGUUUCUAUUACCCCUUUCAUGACCCUGCUAGUGUCACCGCGCAGGUUAAUUCUGUUGUGCAACCCGGAGUUGAGCACCUCGAUAUCUCCUUCCCCUAUUUCCGGAUUAUCGGACAACCAAAACCCAUUAUCCCGCCUGCCAUCUUCACUUGCAAAAAUCUUGUGGUUCUCAAGCUGGAUGUCUCGCCCUGCUUCUUGCCAGAUGCCCUGUUCUUGAGUUUCAGCUUUCUUGGAACCUCUGAACUCCUCUGUUGA